AAAACUCCACCCAAUUGAAUUCAAAAAUUCCUCAUCCACCAUCGUAAUAUUUUUCAUAAUAAAUGUUUUUUUUUUACCAGUACUAACGUUAUUUUUUAAUAAAUAAUCGUUUUAUUAAUCAUUAAAAAUUUAUUAAAAUUAAAUUCUACUUUUCAAUUCAAUUGCUGUGUGUGCAUAUAAUCGUUAAGAAAUGUGUGUCCAAUAAUCGGGUAGUCUUGUUUUGAAAAAUGUUUCUGUUUACGUAUUUAUUGUUUUUGUUUGUCUGCUGGACAAACGCCCAGUACGAAUGGCAGCCAAAAGACGCAGUGGAUGAAAUCCGUCACAGAUUAGACAGAAUUACUGCUGAUAAUUGUGGUAUUCAACCAUUGAGUGAGAUUUAUUUGCCUGAAGACACCGUGUCGCAUAUACCAGACAUUAAAGAUAUUUCUAUCAAUCCUGUGUUUCCAAAUCGUACCGCUUUGUUGCAUUUAAGCAAUAUGGCUUUGAACCGAGGUUUCUUCUACAGUUACAUAUCACAAGCCAGGUUUAUAAGACCUGCAAUUAAUGAUACAUAUGAUCCUGGUAUGAUGUAUUAUUUCUUAUCGACGGUCGCUGAUGUAUCAGCUAAUUCUCACAUAAAUGCUAGUGCCAUAUAUUUUGCGCCCAAUAUGUCCUAUUCGCCAUCAUACAGAGGAUUUUUCAAUAAAACACUUCCCUAUUUUGCUCCCAGGACAUUUAGAGCUGACGACUUCAACGAUCCCAUACAUUUAGAAAAGAUUUCAACCCUAAAUACAUUUACUGUAAGAGACUUGGGAGCAUUUUCUAAUGAAAGUCUUACACAAGAUUAUACAUCGAAACAUUAUGGAAUUAAUGAAUGGUAUUCUAAAUGGCUUCCUGAUAACGUUGUAGGACGACAUGAUACUAAGACUACUUACCAAGUAGAGAUUCGUUAUGCCAAUAAUACAAAUGAAACACAUACAUUUCAUGGUCCACCAGGGGCUGAUGACAUUCCGGGUCCAAUUAAAUGGACCAGGCCAUAUUUUGAUUGUGGACGUAGUAACAAGUGGUUAGUAGCAGCUGUUGUUCCAAUUGCCGACAUUUAUCCUCGACACACUGGAUUCAGACACAUUGAAUACCCUACUUAUACUGCUGUAUCAGUAAUAGAAAUGGAUUUUGAACGGAUAGAUAUAAAUCAAUGUAAAAUAAGUGCUGGAAAUUCUGGUCCUAACCGUUUUGCAGAUACAGCAAAAUGUAGAGAAGAGACUACAUUGUGUGAACCAUUAGAUGGAUGGGGUUUUCGAAGAGGUGGUUAUCAGUGUCGAUGUUUACCUGGUUAUCGAUUAGGAAAUACAGUACGUCGACCAUUCCUUGGAGAAAUCAUAGAGCGGUCAACACUUGAACAGUACUAUAGUGGAGUAUUUGACUGCAAAAAGAUUGGAUGGCUUCAAAGUAAAAUAGUGUUUCCAAGUCAAUUAGAUCCAUAUCUUCGUGAGCAAUAUUUAGAAAAAAAUUCUGAGUACAAAAAUUUCACUCCUGGAUUGGGUUCAGUGAAAGAUCCUCAUAUUAAUAUCCAUGAAGUUAUUAAUGCGAUACGAGGAGUGAACCCAAACAAUUGUCAUGAGUACCGAAAGGAAGAUUUGGAACUCUUAGGUGAUUAUGGAUUCGGAGCUCAUAAACAAUUUUCUAAUGAAGCAAAAAUGGCUGUUCGACUUGCUAAUUUUAUUAGUGCAUUUUUACAAAUAUCUGAUCCAAAAGAAGUUUACUCUGGUACUCGUUUAGCUGAUAAGCAUUUAUCAGAAGAUGAAAUGAUUGGAGAAACAUUAGCAAUUGUAAUGGCAGAUUUCAAAAUUUGGUCAGCUGGCACAUAUUGGGAUACAAAUAAAUUUCCUAAUCGUACUCUUUUUGCUCCAUAUGCUUAUAAAACAGUCAAUUUUGGUCGUAAAUUCUUUGUAGAAGAUUUAGCCAGAUUAAACAAGACAGAUGAAGUUUAUAUAAAUAAAGAUUGGUUUACUUUUACAAAACAACGGUGGUCUACUAACUUUGAUAGUUUAGAAAAAUAUUAUGUAAAGUUAAAAUUACGAUAUACUGAAGAUGGAAAUCAUUUGAAUAAAUUUGAUUAUUAUCCUACUUACUAUAGAGCUGCAAAUGUGGAUCAUGGAUAUUGGUCAGCACCUUUUUAUGAUUGUAAUGGUCCAACUAAGGAUUGGUUUAUUCGCUAUUCUGUUCCAUUUUUUGGUUGGGAUAGUCUUAAGGUUAAAUUAGAAUUUAAAGGAGCGAUUGCAGUUACGAUGCCACUUUUAAGUCUUGAUAUAAACCAAUGUCCACACAAAUUCUAUGAACCUAAUGCAUUUAAAGGAACACAUAAAUGUGAUCAACGUAGUUCAUAUUGUGUACCUAUUCAGGGACGUGGCUAUGAAACUGGUGGAUAUAAAUGUGAAUGUAUACAAGGCUACGAGUUUCCAUUUGAGGAAGAAGAUUUUACUUAUUUUGAUGGUCAAAUGAUGGAAGAUGAGUUCAUGCAUAUGCUUCAUAAUAAUAAAACACGGUACGAUACUUUCAAAUGUCGUAUAGCUGGAGCUGCCCUUCCUUUAAGUAAUGUCUUUUUUGUUAUGGCAUUGGUCAUUUGUAGUUUAUUAAUGUGGGCUAAAUAGUUCCAAAUUAAAUUUAGAAUUAUCAGUUCUAUCAAUAAUAAAAUAAUAACAUAUCUAGUUUGCUAAUGUCAAAAGAAUGUAGAACUGUAUUGUUGUGUAACCGUCCAAAUAUUUUAUUUUUUAAUUAAUCUCAAUUCAUUU